ACUUCCUGUAAGCAUAAUCUAUGGUAAUGAUCUACAACAAGGUGUUCUCUAGCUAGCUCUCUCCGCCAGAAUUUUUGAGGUGGAUCUAGAACUAGAAGAGGCCUUCAACAUGAGUCACUGUGUGAGGUUAUCGAAGCAGCUACUUCGAGUACCUACAAGGUACUGGCGAUCGGCCACACUCUCCCAGCUGUCUGAUGGGCAGGGGUGGUCCAGAUCCUACAGCAGUCAGAGCAACAAUUCAUUCGUUAUGAACAGCUUUGCGGGGAAGUUUGAAACGGCAGAACUGUUCCCAUACCCUGAUGUAUUGACAGACGAACAAAGACAAAAUGCUAGCAUGUUUGUUGACCCUGUCACAAAGUUUUUUGAGGAAACCAAUGACCCAGCUCGCAAUGACCGCGAGGAGCGUGUCCCCCCAGAGAUAAUGGAUCAGCUGAAAGAGAUGGGAGCUUUUGGGCUACAGGUUCCCGCAGAGCUCAGUGGAGUGGGCCUCACCAACACACAGUAUGCUCGUAUGGUGGAGAUUGUCGGUGGACAUGAUCUGGGCAUUGGUAUUUGCCUAGGGGCACACCAGUCUAUUGGAUUCAAAGGCAUUCUGUUGUAUGGUACUGAAGAACAGAAGGCAAAGUAUCUGCCUGAUGUGGCCACUGGGAAGAAGAUUGCUGCGUUCUGUCUCACCGAGCCCAGCAGUGGGUCAGAUGCUAGUUCAAUACAGAGCAGAGCUGUCCUGAGCGAGGAUGGAAAACACUACAUUCUGAAUGGUUCCAAGAUAUGGAUCAGCAAUGGUGGAAUAGCAGAGAUAUUCACAGUGUUUGCUCAGACUUCCAUCAAGGACCCUAAGACGGGGGCAGUGAAGGACAAGAUAUCGGCCUUCGUUGUGGAGCGAGCGUUUGGAGGAGUCAGCAGCGGAAAGCCAGAAAAGAAGAUGGGAAUCAAGGCCUCCAAUACAGCAGAGGUCUACUUUGAAGAUGUCAAGAUUCCUGUGGAAAAUCUGCUGGGUGAGGAGGGAGAAGGAUUCAAAGUGUCUAUGAACAUUCUCAACAAUGGCCGCUUUGGAAUGGCUGCUGCUCUGUCUGGCACUAUGAAGAAACUUAUUGAGAAAGCUGUAGACCAUGCUUCUACAAGAGUGCAGUUUGGGAGCAAGCUGGAAACAUAUGGGCAGGUGCAGGAGAAAAUCGCCAGAAUGGCACUACUUCAGUACGUCACAGAGUCUACUGCAUACAUGCUGAGUGGCAAUAUGGAUACUGGAUCCACUGAGUACCAACUGGAGGCUGCCAUCAGCAAGAUAUUCUCAUCCGAGGCGGCUUGGGAGGUCGCUGACGAGUGUAUACAACUGUAUGGUGGGAUGGGCUUCAUGACUGAAGCUGGUUUGGAGAGGGUGCUCCGUGAUCUCCGUAUCUUCAGAAUCUUUGAGGGUAGUAACGACAUCCUCAGACUGUUUGUGUCAUUGACUGGACUGCAGUAUGGUGGGAAACAACUAAAAGAAUUGGAGAAGGACAUGAAGAGCCUGAACCUUGGGGUCAUUUUCUCUGAGGGUACUAAGAGAGCUAUGAGGAUGGUCGGGGCUAAAUCAACUCCAUCCGUGAAGAAAGGCGACAUUCACCCAGACCUUUCUGGUCCUGCUAGUCAGUUGAGUCAAGCUGUUGGGGAUUUUGGAGCCACUUGUGAAGCCGUGCUCCUAAAGUACAGAAAGCAUGUCAUCCAUGAGCAGUACGUCCUAAAGAGGUUGGCUGAUGCCAUCAUCGACAUCUAUGGCAUGGCUGCUGUCAUCUCAAGGGCCUCCAAGAGCCUCAGUGACGAUGUAUCGAGCAGCUCCCACGAGAAGCAGUUGACCGUGGUGUGGUGUGAUCAGGCCUCGGAGAGAGUGGAGCGUCUUCUCAAGUCAAUUACCAGCACUAGCUCUCUCAAGACAGAUGCGUCGAUGUCCGCCAUUGCUAAAGAGGUCAUCAGCAAUAGAGCCACUGUACCAGUGCAUCCUCUUCGCGUCUGAACUAUAUAGACUGACUCAAUAGCUGAAUAUCUAAAUUAUGUGCAUGCCAUCACAUCAAGUUAACUUCAAUUACAAAUAUGCUGAAUCUCGAUGACCAUUAUUUAAAAAUUCAA